AUGUCGCUCAAUUUGUUUGAUGUGCCCGAGGUGGAUUACCGGUACGAAGCGUCCCGGGACAUGGUGUUUCAACCCGCCUUGACGGGCAUACAACCCAUCACGUUUUCCAUCCCGGCCUCGGACGAUUAUUACGAUCUCAACGAACUCCGGUUUCAAGUCAAAGUGCGCCUGACGGAUCCGGCGGCUGGGUAUCAAGGAUUGAAAGCCAAUUUGGCCAACUCUGAUGCCAACAAUACCAGAAACACCUACUGCGUCAACAAUUUUGGUCACUCCAUCUUUCGAGAUAUGACCCUGAGCAUGAAUGGCGUCCUCAUGACCGAACAGAGCAACACCUACCAUUACAGAGCCUACUUAGAAACCCUCCUGAAUUACAGACGAGACGAAGGAGCCACCAAGUUAGCCCCGCAAGGCUGGGUCAAUCAACUCAAUGUGAUUGCAGAAAUGGGAGCCACAGGGGCCAAUUCCGAUACCCCCACUGGUGCUGACUGGAGUGGCAAUACAGAAUUGCGUGCCUUGACCAGCCGGUUGCUGAGCAAGAAUUGGCACACCUUCAUCAUCCGCCCCCAUUUGCCACCCCUCAAGACGGGUAAAUGUUUGAUGCCUGGUGUCCAGUUGGACUUUGAACUGUUCCUGAACCCCAACUCUGUCUACUUGAUGGGCACCCCUAACAAAGGGACCUUAGUCGACAAGAAAUUUCCUGCCAUCCACAAUGAAUACAUCAAAGUCACCUUGCUGAUGAGAAAAGUGACCUUGAAUGCUAGUGUCUAUGUCCGACUGCAAAAAGAAAGACAACUGGGCAAAAAGAUUGUGCGCUACCCUGUGGUUCGAAGUGAAAUCCGCAAGUUUUCCUUUGAUGGCCGAACCACCCAGUGGGAACAAGACAAUGUGUUUGUGGGCCGAUUUCCCGAUCGAGCCAUGGUGGGGUUGCUGCAUUGCAAUGCCUUCAAUGGAGACCUAGAAAGAAACCCCUAUGCCUUUCAAAAGUUUGGAGUCACCCAGGUACGACAGAGUUUGAAUUGA